UCAUAACCUAAAAAAAACAUGUCCCUUCUCUUCUCAGUUUUCAGGUUUGAAAAAAAUUCAAAUAUUACCUCAAUGCAAUAUUUGAAAAGAAGUGACUAUAGAAGCAAUUGAAUUAAAAAUGGAGGAAAUACUUGGAAGAAUAUUCGACAGGAUUUUCAAUAAUUGGACUGCCUUGAAAUUAGCUGUGGAAUAUUCCCAGGGUAGCUCAAACAGUUUGCAGGUUGCAAAUGAAAUCAAAUCAUACAUGGUUGAGUAUUGCUCUCAAAACGUUCUCGAAGCAGAAGAUAUACAAGAUGCUUUAGAUGCCAUAAUGGAUGAAGAAUUCGACACAAUUUGCGAGGACGACUCAACAAAAGAAAUUUCUAUGAUAAUCCAUAAAUUUCUUCAGCUAUUGAGAGAAAAUAAUUUAACCCAGUGUGAAAUAGAACUUAAUCAAUUACCAGAAGCUCACGAGCAAUGGCUUACGAUGCCACAAAUACCACAACCAAGAGGUCAACGUGAGGACUCAGACUCUUCUUCUGACAAUGAAACCCAGGAUACCCCCAUGGAAGAAGAUUCAGAAUGGACUGUUGUCAAAAGAAGGAAAUAAAGUCAUCACUUUCCUUUAUUCAUAUAAGUUGUAAAUAGAAUUUUAUAUAAAAAUUGUUGGAAUACGUGAAAAUAUAGUUUUUCAAAAUUGA